CCACGCCGCAAGCUCUAAAUCUUCGCAGAGACACCCGAUUCCGGCGGGGUUUAUGAGCUGUUCGGUCUAAAUGACCGAACAACGCAAAACAGAGCGCAUCACCAACACUUUCAUCAUCAUCGUCACCAGCAGUAGCGGCAGCAGCGUCAUUAAGCAUCGGGAGCUGGCGGUACGUUGUCAUACAUCGGGCACACACCAUCACGCGGCGCGAGGGCCGACCACACGGGCGAAGUCGCACGUGCAGAGAGCCCAACAGGAACAUUGUAAACAACACCGCGAAAAAAAAUAUAUAUGGCAGAGCCGCGCAACCCGCAACGGAGCGGUCCACGGGAGAAUUAAAUUCAAGCGGUGCAGGGCGCGGGUUUACCAGUCUAAAAGCAUAGGGCCGAUGGUCUUUUGGUGAGAUGGCCAACGAAUCCUGACGGAACCACUUCACAGAUUGACUCGCGUGGAAGAAAAAAACAACAACAACACGCCCUGCCUUCAAAACGGACGUCGUAAAAGGGGAAUUUUAAUUGUGCGGUGUUUUAAAGCAACAAUCACUAUGACUGCGGCUGGUGAAGUUAUGGCAUGCUCCAACAUUGCAAUAGAGCUUCCAAGAAACAGAUUCUCAAGACGUAAAUCAGUGUGUGCAGAGCGCUAUGAUCCGGAAGCCGACGAUGAAAGUGAGAAUGAGCCAAAGGUGGUGUUCCCCAAGACAGACGAACAGAGGGCCAGACUAGCAGCAUCUGUGAAGAACAUCCUCUUGUUUAGAGCACUAGAAAAGGAACAAAUGCAAGAAGUACUGGAUGCCAUGUUUGAGAAGCGGACCCAGCCAGACGAGCACAUUAUCGACCAAGAUGACGAUGGGGACAAUUUUUACGUCAUCGAUAGUGGCAUGUACGACAUCUUCGUCAACGGCAACAAGGUGGGCUCUUACAACAACACGGGUAGCUUCGGAGAGCUGGCUCUCAUGUACAACACGCCCAGAGCGGCGACCAUCGUAGCCACCACACCAGGUUCACUAUGGGCAUUGGAUCGAUCCUCAUUCCGGAGGAUAGUACUGAAGAACGCCGCCAAGAAGCGCAAGAUGUACGAGUCCCUACUAGAGAAUGUUUCCAUGCUGAAAUCAUUAGAGCCCUACGAGCGAAUGAAUCUUGCCGACGCUUUAGAAACCAAGACGUACUCUGACGGAGAGUGUAUCAUUGCCCAGGGUGAUGAAGCCGACGGGUGUUAUUUCAUUGAAAACGGUAGCGUUCGUAUCACCAUGAAAAACAAGAAUGCUGACGACCCAACAAAAGAGAAACAAAUCGCGACGUACAAUGCCGGCCAGUACUUUGGAGAGCUUGCUCUCAUCACCAACAACCCCCGUGCUGCCUCGGUCUAUGCCUGCGGUGACGUGAGAUGUGCCUUCCUAGAUGUGAACGCGUUUGAGAGGUUGCUAGGGCCCUGCAUGGACAUCAUGAAGAGGAACAUAGCCCACUACGAGGAGGAGGUGGAGCGCAUGUUCGGCAAAGGAGCCAAAUGAUGAAACUUGCCCGCCUUCCCUCUCCCUCCCCUGCGACCCCCCUUCCCUCGCAGGCCCUCAUCCCUCACUUCCAAAAAUGUACACAGAAAACAAAAAGGUUAACCUUUCCACAGACUGGCCAACCAUCUCACGCAGGAACAAAAACUUCUACAAAUGAAUGUACAGUCACAGACCAGAGUGGACGCAUCAUCUGCCUGCCAGUAUUGGCUAAAUUUGUCUUUCACUAAACUCCCAGCAUUACUAGCCAGGCCGUACUCGGAGACCGGCCAAAACACCAUUCAUGUUAUAGAAUCUAUACCAAGGUUGUUGGUUUCUUUUACCUGACUACCAGCAUUAACCCAGGAACUCGUGUCGACCUUCCUUGUUCACAAGCACAACCACCUCAACACACUUGUACAUAGAAAUGCACAUACACACCACACCACCCAUGCUUCACCACACGCCCAUCACAAAGUGAACACAAUAUGAUAUCUUCACAUUUCCCCUUUACUGUACCUGAGGCUAAUUUGUCAGCAAGCCCUCCCCUCCGAUGGUGUCCAUCCUCACAAGGUUGAAAAGGACCCCGGCUUAAGUUUAGAACUCCUUCUGUUGGGUCCAGUGACACAAAUUCACCACAUUGUGCAUUGCUCUCAGCUGAUUCAUCUAUGAUUCAUAAUUACCAAUUCAAAUUUGAUUUUCUGAACAAAAAUGCACAGCUAGUCCUUUGUAUGGCCGUGAAAUAGUUAAGGUGUUACCAAUGGCAUUGGUUUUAUCUUGUUUGUUUUCUAACCCACCCCAUGGACCCAGUUUACAUAGAAAAUAAAGUAAGCAUGCUUCUCCUUUAAGUUGUAUUCUUGGUUGCCAGUAAGCAUUUUUUUCUGCAUUGUCUCAUCAGUUUUUGCCGGGGCAGUAUGUUUGAUUUCUAUAAGAGUUCAAGAAUUAAUUCAAGGUGAAUUUUGCAGUGUGAUAAAUGGUCAUUUACUCCCAAACAACACUGCCAUCAAAAGCCAUUUAUACUGUUCAUCUUUUAUCAGAACCAUUUAAAGCUAUCUUCUCAUUCUCCGGCCUGAAUUGACCCUUUUGGAUUUAAAUGAAUUUAAACAACCCCAAAACGGUACCCUUAAAGUACCCACUUUAUUAAUCAUUUUGUUUGGGGUUGAUUUGUAAUGCUUUGGGGGGGGGUUGAGUACUGAAGAUUUCUGUUUAUCACUUGCCCUUUUUAAAAACCCACGUUUGAGCAGGUCAUGCUUUGUGCACCUUUUAUACAAAAAAAUGAGAUUUUUGUAUUCAAACUGCUGGGCAGAUGUGUAGGUGUGUCACACUGGGGUUAGAGGAAGUAAGCCUGUGCCAACCUUACCGGAACUUUGGUUUACUUGGCUGUGAUGCAAGGAAUUUGCUGUUUAGUUAUUUUGUAAAAUUAAUUAUCUGUUCCUUUUACGCCACAGCAAAAAUUCUGUCGGAUGUAAUACCAAAGAAGAGACUAUGGGCUGUGUAAGGUUGCCAUGAAAUUUUGCAAUAUUAUUUGACAGUACCAAGAAGUCUUAGACGUUUGAUUUAUUGAAGGAGGCUUAUGCUGUGCCCGAAUUGCUCAGCUGCAGCUGGGACUAAUACACGCAUCUGUAAGGAAUGGUCGUAGCCAGUGGCUUCCAUAGGCGCGUGUGUUAUUGUCAGCCGCAAUCAAGUCAGAUAUGGCCAUACAGUGUUUUUUUUUUUUGUUUGUUUUUUUAGUAGAGUGUGAUUGUCACGCCCGUAUUCACCAAGCCAUUUUGUGGGAAAUAUUGCUGAGCAGUUCAGGGUUAAGCAGAGAUCGGCUGUGAACCAAUUACAACUAGCCUAGAGUAUGCCGCACAGAAUUUCUGACUGGUAACCCAUUCCCACUCAGCAAAAUUCCCCCCAGCACGGCAUUCUUUUCUUCUGAAAAUUGGUCGAGGUUAGAAUACAUCAAAAUAAUGCCCCAUAUCAACAUAUUUAAAAUAUAGAGUUUUAUUCCCAAGGGUACACAAGAAUUCAAUCUUCCUCUUUAUUACUAACUUUAUUUGACUGGUGUAAUUCCCAAGGAUUAGCAGUUAUUGAGUUUGACUGUUGAAAUUGUACAUUUUGCAUCGUUGUUUCCAGUGUUGGCGUUUGACUUGAGCCCUUUCUCGGCAUUUUUUCCCUUGGUUAAUUUUAAAUGAAAGUUUAUUGAGAAGACAGUUGUUGCUUAGACGUUAGUUGAUUACUUGCACAGGGUGCUCGCCUUUGAUAAGGGUUGUAAUUAUACAUUUUUCAAGAUACAUGGCAUUAUCUUUUCCAGUACUUAACUUUUAUCGCUGGUAUUUCAAAACCGACUUCUUUUCGAGUUGCAAUUUGUACCCUUCAAACAAAUUAGGUGCACAUCAUCCCAACACAUUUCUGAACAUCCGAACCCUCUUCUGUGGCUAUUGAUGUUUUUUGUACCUUUUUUUAUAAAGGAGGACUGUUUCUUACGGUUUUAAAUUGUGGAGAAAUUAUGUGGUUGCCUAAGGAUAAAGCGGUUAAAAAAAGAAUAUACUGUGCAUGCUUCAAACUUGCAACUUGUAUGCUUUUCCAGAAACUGAUUUGCGACAGUCGCAUCUCACAUGUUUCAAAAUCUUUACUUACGACCUCUUUCACCAAGCGAGCAGUACAGAGUAGAAAAGGAGUCCCUUUUGAAAUACCCGGGUAAAAGGUUAAGCAUGGAACAGGCGAGAUUGUGUCAUUUCUGAAAUACACAGCGCUCGUUGGGCUGCGAAUCGUCAAACAUUCCAUUUUCAUUACUGUGUUUUAAUGAUGUUUGUAUGAAAAAAAAUGUUGAUGUUGGUGAUGUGGGUGUUUAGAUUUGGAUGUGAUGUCUUUACAUAGAUCAAGGUUAUUGCUAAUGGUUCGAAUCCUUUGAGAAAAAAAAGAAGCUCGGGGUUUUAUUUGCUUGAAUCCGGACAGCAAGUGCCAUUCUGGAGAAGUUAAUGAUCAUCUAUCGGGGAUGUUGGUCUUUAUUCGAAUCAAAGGCAGCUAACUCCACCCUUUGCGAGCCCCUGGACCAAAGACCCUUCUGGUGGCCCCUGCCUGGAUUCAAGACUAACGAACCUGUGUACAGAAUGUGGAUCUUCGUCAUUCAUGUUGUUCCUAACGAUAUUUUACCAUAUAAAACUUGAGAAAUUAGUUUGGAAAUCAAAUCUUAAUUGUGUUUUGACCACUCUUGUUUUGAUUGGCGUUUCCUUUCCGAGAAUCUUCCAUCUCCCACCGUUGUUGGGGCUUUUUGCUUUUUUAUGAAGAUGGUGAUAGAGUUUGUAAUAUGCAAAUUUAUCGGAUCGUUUCGUGUGGUUCGUGUCUUUUCUGGCGAUAUCAAUUCAAUUUCAUGUUCGUUUCUUUGUUAACGGAGCUGUGUCACGAUAAAAUGUCAGAUUUUGUUCCGGCAGGUUGUUUCAGAUAACUUGUGCUGUUAAAUAAUAUGUGACGGGUGUAUCGGCAUAGUGCCGAGUGUAUUUUUGCGUGCUGGCACUAAAUUAGCCAUUAAAAUUUUGUGCCAACCAAAAAUACAAGAGAAAUAAGCGAAAACAGUACGAUCUACAGGACAGAUUGAAAAGAGAAGCACUGCGCCGAUCUUCAUUACGGCUCAUAGACGUAAAUACUUCUCCAUUCAUCUUAAUGACGCACACCCAUGGCUUUGGUUGCAGCCAAUCAGCGAUGGAAACGGAUGAAACGCUGAAAACGCCGUCGGUGAUUAGCUGCCUGCCAUUUUUUAAUGGGAUGAUGUGACCAGCCUUAAUGUACAUAAAUGUUGUUCCUUUUAUUUUGAAGUCAGGUCAAACAAGUUUAUGAAUGGCACAGUUAUUUUUAAGUAUACGUUUUAUGUACAUUUUUGCCACUCGAAUGAAGUGAGUACAUUAGUGUCGAUGGAGAUUCUUAGCAUGUUCGUUCUUUGCGGGAAGAUACCAUAACGGCAGUUCAGUUAAUAGAAAUGAUCAUUAUAUUUAAAUGUUAACCUUAUAAUGUGGAUAAUAAAGAUUGUGAAUAAAAUAGUUUAUGAGUUGAAAA